AUGCAGGCAAUGAGACUGCCACGUCCGAGUGUGAAUGAUACCGAGGAAGAUUUGCUGCAGAUGCAACAAGAGAUGUUCAAGAGAAGAUGUGAAGAACAAGAUCCUGUUAACAACAGUUCCUUUGCCAAGGAAAUUCGACAAACUGACAAACUUGUCGGUCGUUUUUCUCUCGAUCUUGACUCUGUAGCUGAAGAAGAAGCAAGUGUCAUGCAACUUACUGUGCAGGAGCGGAAUAUAGAGUUUUUGCAUGAUACUCAAUUAAAUGAUUAUACGAAUUUAUCAAAAUGUGAAAAUUAUGCAGAAGAAGAAGGAUUUCCUGAUGUCCUGGAUUUGUCUAAAUAUUAUAAUAGCCUCGAUGAGUCUGUGAAAAAUAUCCCAGCAAACGGGAAAAGUUUUUUUGCAAUAGAGUUUGACAGGAUCCACGGUCGAAUUAAUGAUUACGAAAGAAAUGGAGCUUCAACUUCAACUGUUGCAAAAUCAGUGAACGAUAUCAAUGAAGAAAUUGAGCUGGAGAACUUGCAAAGGAUAGAAAAAAUGAGCAAACAAGAGAUUGAGAAGGCAAAGCAAGAAAUUGUGGAACGUUUUGAUCCAAAGUUGCUUGAUUUCUUACGGAACAAGGGAAAGAAGGAACAGCAAAGGAGAACGAAACAAAUUGAACGGAUUCCAGGACCUCAGCAGAUAGAAAAAUCAACUGACACAACAAAUGAUGUAACAUCAGGUACCUGUGCUAAUACGAAUCCAGAAGUCACCGACAGGAUCAAACAUCUAGAAAUAUUUGGCUUAGAAAAAAACGAUCCAACAUUUCAUAAGGAUUUAGCAAGUGAACUGGAUGUAUAUGUACGAUUAGCAGCGGAUGCAGCACAAAUGGAUAUGGCAACGAAAUGCAUGCGCACAAUAUUGCCACGGCAGCAGCAAAAUAUAAUCAGGCUGUUCGAUAAUUUACGAAUUCCACCGAAGGAUUAUGCUGGUGAUGAUCAUUUGUUGGAGAUGGCUCGGACUAACUUAAAUGCAAUUAAAGGUCUAUACUUAGAACAACGGAAUGAUAAAGAUGGUAAUUUAUCGGUUCACUUCGCCGAAGAUAUAGAUCCGUUUAGCAAAGGAGCCUGGAUGUUGUCUCCCAUUCGUAAAGUUUUAGAUGUCAUACAGAAAGACGGAAAAUCAACUGCUCAUGAUCUUGUGAUAGUGCGACUGUCACUCUUCUGGACUUUGUUAAUUAUGGUGGAAAGACCUACUUUCUACUAUGCUUUUGCUACCCCUGGUGAAAUUUUUGUUCGCUUAGCAGAAAUUUUCAUAAUGGGUCCUGAAAUUUUCAAGGAUGAAUGUGUUUCGCAAUGUCUAAGUCGGUUUUUGCAUGAUUACUUAGAACCAAAAGCUCGUGAUGGACUUCUGUGCUUGGCAUUGAAAGAGCCUGUUGCUGGAUUGGAUGCAUUUGGACCGUUUUACGAAGAUCUUCUUCACCAUUUCGAAGAGUUUUCGAUAGGUGAUGAAAAUUUUACAUUAUUCAUCCUACUCGGCGCUUAUACUAAUCAACGACUGUUGGAUGGUUUAUUGAUGAAGUGUGCUAUUUGGACAACUGAUAGAAACAUUGUUCGCCAAAUGGUCUUAAAAAAAAAUUCUGGGGAUUUUUUAUUAAAUAUGAUAGCUCAUCGAAUGAACGAUGGUGGAACUACUGAGAGCACAUAUUUGACGCAGUUUGAAAAGUUGCUUCUUAUCUAUGCCGCAGCAAUUCGAAAUGGUAUUGUUGUAAAAAAUCGUAACGAGCUUGUAUAUGAAAUCGCAUCAUCUGAGUUGAAAUAUUACAUUCAAUGGCAUAUGACAAGAAAUGCUCACGAGAAAAUUGAUAUGAAAAUAAUGAAGCAAUAUGAUACUUUGGCACUUACACUUCGUCAGUCUUUAGCCGGUUACUUAGAAUUUAGUUGA